AUGAUAAAAAGAUAUUUAAAAAUAUAUCCAUCUAUUUAUUUUACUAAACACGUAUAUGGAGCUCCUCAAAUAAAAGAGGAUACAAAAUUUUUAAAAAAAGAUUACGUAUUUAAUCAAUAUGAAAAUAAAAAAAUAUUUUUAAAUAAUAAAUUAAAAAAAGGAAAUUGUGUAAAUGAAAUAAAAAGGAUAUAUUAUUUUAAACUAUGGAAUGCUUUGACUCAAUAUAAUUUUACUUUAUUUGAAAAUAUAAUUCAACAGUAUUUAAAUGAAGGUCAUAAAUACGAUGAAGUUAUUUAUUCUAUAAUUACGCAUUCUUAUAUUUUAAAUCAUAAAAAAAAAAAUGAAAAUGCAUAUUUAGUUAUUGAAGAAAUGAAAAGAGCUUAUAUGCAUCCAACUAUCAUAAAAAUAAACGAAAGGAUGAUAAAUUCUUUUUUAGAAUUAGAAAUUAUAUUUUGUGAGCCCACUAAAUGUCUAUGGAUAAAUAUAUGCCGUUUUAUUUGGGAAAUCUCUAUAAAGUUAAAUAGAGAAAGAAAAAGAAAAUUAAAAGAAAAAUUAAACUUGCUACCACCAAAUGAAGUAUUAAAAUUAACAAGAGAAGAUUUAAAAAAAUUUUUAAGAAAAGAAUAUGAAGAUACUUUAUUAAAUACGAUAGAUACAAUUUACUUAGAUAUAGAAGAUACAUAUGACCAUAUGAAAGAAGAAAAUAAUGAAGAAAAGAAUCAAUUACUACCACAUAGUAUAAAUAGAAAUGAAUAUAAUAGCAAUUUUUUGGAUACAAAUAACGUAGAAUGUAAAAUGUUUUUAUAUAAUGAAAAUGAAAAUUCAGAAAAAUAUAAUAAUUUUUUAUUAGAUAAAGAUGAGAAUAGCAAUAAUUGUAAUCAGUACUUUCUACCCAAAAUAAAUGAUGAAAAUAUAAAAUAUAAUAUAAUAAAGGAAAGUAGUAACCAAAAUGAAAAUUGUGAAAUUUCUGAUAAGAUUCUAAAAAAUGAUUAUUAUGAUACACUUAAAAUUGAAGAAGAUGAAACUUAUGAAUCAUUUAAUGAUGAUGAGGAUUUUGAUAUUCAACUAUUAAAAAAAUAUUUUAAUUUCAAAUAA